AUGCUGUUCCUUGGGUUGCUGCUGCUGCUGGCCCUGCUGGCGGGCGCCCGCCUGCUUUGGGGACGUUGGUUGCUCAGGAAUCUUCACCUUCCGCCUCUCGCCCCGGGUUUUCUGCACCUGCUGCAGCCCAACCUUCCCAUCUAUCUGCUUGGCCUGACCCAGAAACUUGGCCCUAUCUACAGGCUCCGCCUUGGGCUGCAAGAUGUGGUGGUGCUGAACUCCAAGAGGACCAUUGAGGAGGCCAUGGUCAGAAAGUGGGUGGACUUUGCUGGCAGACCCCAUAUACUGUCCUAUAAGCUGGUGUCUCAGCACUAUCCGGACCUGUCAGUAGGAGACUACUCCCUGCUCUGGAAGGCCCACAAGAAACUCACCCGCUCAGCCCUGCUGCUGGGCAUGCGCAAUCUCAUGGAGCCCCUGGUGGAGCGGCUAACCCAGGAGUUCUGCGAGCGCAUGAGAGCCCAGGCUGGUGCCCCUGUGGCCAUCCAGAAGGAAUUCUCUCUCCUCACCUGCAGCAUCAUCUGCCACCUCACCUUUGGAGACAAGGUCAAGGAGGACACCACGGUACGUGUCUUUCACAACUGUGUCCGGGACUUGAUGAAAACCUGGGACCACUGGUCCAUCCAAGUUUUGGACAUUGUUCCCUUUCUCAGGUUCUUCCCCAACCCAGGUCUCUGGCGGCUGAAGCGGAUCGUGAAGAACAGGGACCACAUUGUAGAGAAGCAGCUGAGGCAGCACAAGGACAGCCUGGUGGCAGGACAGUGGAGGGACAUGACGGACUACAUGCUCCAAGAGGUGGAGCAUCUGAGAGUGGCGGAGGGCCCGGGACAGCUCCUUGAAGGGCAUGUGCACAUGGCUCUGGUGGACCUUUUCAUCGGUGGCACUGACACCACAGCGAUCACCCUCUCCUGGGCUGUGGCUUUCUUGCUUCACCACCCUGAGAUUCAGCAACGACUGCAGGAGGAGAUAGACCUCGAACUGGGCCCCAGCGUCUCAGGCUCCCAGGUCUCAUACAAGGACCGUGCGCGGCUGCCAUUGCUCAACGCCACCAUCGCUGAGGUGCUGCGCCUGCGGCCUGCUGUGCCCUUGGCCUUGCCCCACCGUACCACGCAGCCCAGCAGCAUCUUGGGCUAUGACAUCCCCAAGGGCAUGGUCAUCAUCCCCAACCUCCAAGGCGCCCACCUCGAUGAGACGGUCUGGGAGCAGCCAUAUGAGUUCCGGCCUGACCGCUUCCUGGAGCCAGGCAAGAGCCCCAGGGCACUGGCCUUUGGCUGUGGGGCACGCGUGUGCCUGGGCGAGCCACUGGCACGCCUGGAGCUCUUUGUGGUGCUGGCCCGACUGCUGCAGGCUUUCACGCUGCUGCCACCCGCGGGUUCCCUGCCGUCUCUGCAGCCCCAGCCCUACUGCGGCAUCACCCUCAACAUGCAGCCUUUUCAGGUGCGGCUACAGCCCCGGGGGAUGGGGGCCCCAGGCCUGGGCCAGUGCCAGUGA